AUGUUCCCGGCCCGUUUUAAAGACCGACCUGGUGCCACCUAUGCUGUCCAGACAAAUUGGCGUGCGCCGUGAGCCUCAAAUAUUUGUAUUUGCCCGUUAGAUUUCCGAACUGUGAAAGUGCUAUUAAGAAACCUUAUUUUUAUUACGCAAACUUGAAGAAUUCUGAUUUAUAUUUAUUAUUUUUUAGAAAGAUGGAUUCCGAGCUUGGGAUUCUGGAGAAGCGGAUCGAAGAAUGCGAAUUGAUAAUUGGUAAUACCGCAAAGCCAAAAGUGUGUGAUCUUGUGUCCGAGCUGAGACAAGCGCUGAAGAAUUAUUGUCUUCAACCUGACAAUGCUGACGAAGUUGUCAAAAGGCCUAUUGAUCAAUUGAACAACAUUAUCAACUUUGUUGAGAAGGUAAAUGGACACGUAAAUAUUGGAAUUUUAUCUGGUGUAGGCUUCAGAUGAUAAUAUUCAAGAGAAGAUUCUUUCGAUCAAUUCUCAAACAGCAUUGGUUAGCCAUCGCUUGGAUCUGAUGAAAGAUAUAGAAGAAUUGAAGAGCUCCCUAAAUAUCCACAGCCUGGCCAAGCUGAUACAGCAUGAGUGCGAUAUUGAUGCAAACAUUGACCAGUAUUCAGCAUUAAGUGAAAGAAUUAGCGGGUAUGUACAGCAGUUAUAUUUAACAAAUUAGGUUGAAUUCUUUCUCCGCCAGACAACAAGCACUCUUGGACUCGUUGUUUGAGUAUGUUGAAUCAACAUUGAGUACUCUCGAAACGCAGAAGAUUUCCCAGUGA